CGUGUCUGUACAUCAAAAUGAUGUCAUUAUAACAAAAUAUAGGUUCAAAAAUGCUAACCAUGUUAAACUAUAGUCAACCGCUCCCACGCGCAGCCUUGGACAUGUUUGAUGCUCAUUAUUUACUACUAUUAGUAGCUUAGUGACCAGCGAGACUGGCUGGCCACUCACAACAGAACCACAGUGCAGCGUUGAGAAAAAAUCAAUCAAGAUCUUCCCGCCUCCCGUCCGUUUCCAAGGCAACGGAUAAACAGCGGCGAGACGUUGCAUCGCUCGGUCACAGAAAGACGUGUCGUGUUUCGAUAAUUUUGUUUUGCAUGUGAUUGUGUCUCGUUUUGAUGGAUAUUUGUGAAUUUUAUAUACAAUGGGUGACGAGGCUGCUGUACCUGGUACGGCGCCUGAGAAAGUGAUACACACGUAUCCUCUGAUAAGGCAUUCAGACAUGUCAGAAGAGAUGCGCGUCGAAGCUGUUGAGUUAACAGUCACAGCUUGUGAAAAACACUCCCAAAAUAACGAGCUGGCUGCUCGAAUGGUCAAGGAAGCUAUGGACAAGAAAUUCGGCCCGUCUUUCCAUGUGGUUGUGGGCGAAAGUUACGGCUUCGAGGUCACCUACGAAUGCACCAACAUGUGCUACAUGUACUUUGGAGGAAACCAAGCCAUCUGCAUAUGGAAAUGCUCUUGAAAAUCUCAUUAGUUUUAAUUAGACUUACCAAAUGAUAUACCGAAGAAGUACUUAUUUUAGUUUCACUACUUUACGGAUAUGAAAUAGUUUGUUUCAAGUUACAAUCAAAUUAAGGAAUAUGGGAAUGGUUUCGAUCUACAUAUUUAGAUUGCUAUAGAGUUUAUAAUAAAUGUAGGGACUCGCCUAGAUGUUAUGCCAAUGUGUCUUUAAACUUAGUCGAUAGUCUGCAAAACUCUUAUUGUAACUGGUUAUUAGAUGCCUACUCUAUACUUAGACACCUAAGUACCUACUUAAUAAUCUUUGAAAUCAUGGUACCUACACACCGUAAAUACUGUUUGCAUUUCAUGUUUUGUGUUCUGGUUUUUGCUUUACCUGUAUAAAUUAUGUGCUUGUACAUACCUAGCAUUUCUUCUAAUGGUUAGAACAUUUAAAUCCUGUUUCAGAAAGUUAAACUGGUAUUUAAAUGUAAUAAAACAAUGGACUUGACGUCGCCACGUCUCGUUUCAUAUGUAAAACAGUUCUCCACACGCGAGCUAAGUUUUUAUUUUAUAAACAUUUCAAAGAAAUAAUUUACAUACCUAAACGCGGAAAACGUUCCGUAAUCGGGUUAAAGGGCUUUCUUCACGUGUGCUUGCACAAAUAACUAUGGUAAUUAGGUAAUGUAUUUUCUGAAAACACCAAACAAACAAUAAGUGUCGGUAGGUAUUACUUACUUUCCAAAGUAAAAAAACCUCAUUGCGUAAAAUAUAUUUACCCACUAAGGAUACUUAAUAAGAUGAACUAGGUAGUAUACGAGCAGAUCAACCUAUGUGACAUGUCUCGUACCUACUUUAAUAAGGUCGAAAAUGAACGAGCUAGUUAAACUGCUGGCGUCUACUAAUAUACGGCGAAAUUAUAUUGGUUCAAUAAAUUGUAAGCACGCGUGUACAUAAGUCCUCUCCGCACUCACACCCUAGCUUAUACGCCCCAGGGGCUAGACGCAGAGUCUGUGUUUAGUAAUUACAUUCCACACAGUUGAAUCGUUGGGGCAAUUUUGAAGGGCGAUGGACCCUAAAACCAGACGUCAGCUCGUCUCUACACACCUAUAAAUAAGUACCUAUCUAGGUACUGACUAUAACUAAUGCGAUUGUGAUUGUAGGUAAUGUUAUACACAUUUUUAGCUGCAUAUAAGAAGACAAGUAGAAUAUAGGUAAUGGAAGAUUAGCCUUAUGUCCACCUGUUUUAUCCUUUGAGGAACAAUAAGGGCGAUGUUAUAUUAUUAAGCGAUCUUCCCUCAUAUCACGAUGGUAGCAGCAUCCAUUGAUGCGAUGCUCCUCUAAUUUUAGUUCUACGUUCGCCGAUAAACGAUCAAUAAAUCUUCAUGCAUUUAACGGCUCGUAUCGUAUAGUGUUUGUAGAGAUAACAUAAGA